AUGUAUUUAGACAAACUGGAAGAUUUUAAAAUACAAAAGAUCAAGUUUUUAACUAUAAAUGAAUUGUUACAAAUAUCUAAUUUAGAUGAUAAAAAUAUUAUAGGGGAUAUUUUCUUAAGAGAAGAUUUAAAUGAAUAUACUGGAUUUUAUGCAGAUUCAAAUAAUAAUUUACUUAUAUAUAAUCAUUCUAAUAAAGAAUUAUUUAAAAUAACUAAUACAGAGAUUAUAAAAUAUGAACUAGAUAUUCCCUUAUUACAAUAUAUCCCCGAAUACAUGAUAUUAUAUGAAAAAAGAACAAAAAGUGGAUUAUCAACAAAUUUUGAAAAUAUGAAUGAAGAUGAAGUGAUUAAAUAUGUUGCAUUCAUUAAAAAUAAAGUAAAUCUAUGCUUAUAUUGCUUAAAUGGAUCUUCUAAUACAUUUUCACUUGUAUAUGAAAAACUAAUUAUUGAUCCAAAUAAUACAAAUAUAAGGAUUUUUGGUUUAUUAUGGUGGGAUACCCCAAAUAAUACUAAUAUAUUAUUAAUGGUAAUAACAAGUAUUGGUUUAUAUUUAUAUGAAUAUAAUGAUGAUAAUUUAAUAAUAAAAUGGCAAGAAGAAUUUUUAUGUCAUAAUGCAUGGUAUGAAUUAGAUAGUAAGACAAUUGUCCUACAAGUAGGUCCAAAUACAUUAACUCCUCUAUUAUAUUUAAGAACUGAAAGUAAUAAUAUUGGAAUUCAGAAAUCACAAAAUUUAGAUUUAUUAUUAAAUAGAGAAAUUGAAAGUGAUGAAGUAAUUAUUUUAAAUUUAUAUGGUGACAUUUUUUGUACUCAUUUAGACUAUUUUAAUGGUAGGGUAUCAUUAAGAGAUUUAUAUAAUCAAGAUAACAUUGAUUUAGUUUUAGAUAUUGAUAAUAAAUUUAAAAAAUUUUCAUUAUUUUUAUUGGAUAAUAUUUUAGUUAUUAUAAGUUUAGAAGGCAAUAAAAAUGAUUCUAUAAAAUCAAACAAUGAUAAUUUAUUUAAUAUUAUAGGAUUUUAUGAUAUAAAAUUAUUACCAAAUAUAAAGAAUAAUAAAUAUAAAAGUUUAGAAAGUGACUCAAAUAUAGAUAAUUUAGAACAAUAUUAUUAUAUUAUACCUUGCUUAUAUGAAGAUAAUUGCUCUGAUAAUAUUUUUAUUAAUAUCAAGAAUAAAUCAGAUUUAAUGAAUUUAGAUUCAUUUAUAGAUAAAGAUGAAUGUGAUGAUACUAAAUCUAUAAGAUACUUAAAUAAAUAUUCAGAAUUGCCAGAUGUUAAUAAUAUUUAUUUAAUAUUAAGAAAUGGUUGUAAUCUAUUAAUUUUUAUUUCAAAAAAAGAUUUUAAUUCUUCAAACAAUAAAUAUGAUAUAAGUUUUAAUAAGAUUCAUUUGUCUAAUAGAAAAAUAAUGGAGAAAAUAAUUUUACCACUUAAUAAUAUUGAUAAUAAAGAAAUUAAUUUAAAAGUACUUCCACUUAUAUUUAAUCGUAAAAAUUGGAAUAAUGAUUUUUAUAAUUAUAUUCAAGAAUUUGUAGAAUUUGAAAAAUCAAAUAAUAAAGUAUUAAAUAAUAAUCUUUGUAAUUCAUAUCCUAGAUCAAUAAAUAUUUUAUUAGAGAUAUUACAAGUAAUGUAUGAAGUGAAUAUAACUCCUGAGUUUCAAUUUUAUAAAUUAAUAAUUGAACUAAUAUUAUUUUAUAAAAUUCCAUUGUUAUUACGACAAUUACUACAAUAUCAUAUUAUAGAAGAUUCUAAUCAAUUAUUAUUAUUAUUACUUAAUUUUUAUACUGAAUAUAAUAAAAUAAAGAAAACAAAUUUAAUUAGAUACCAUUUAGAUGAUAAUUUAAAUAAUAUAAAUAAAUUAUCCAAAUCAGAUCCCAUAAAUGAAAUAAAAGAUAAUAAUCAAUUUAAUAUUAAUGAAGAAAAAUAUUUAGAUGAAAUAAAUUUAAAUUCUCAAAUUAGUUCUACAAAGUCAUUAAAUUAUUUAAAUUUAGAAUGGUUAGGACAAAUAUGUUUAGAUAUGGCUAAUCGUCUACAAAAUAUUUAUAUUAUAAUAGAAAUACUUAUAAUUAAUAAACAAUAUAGAAGAAUAAUUCCAAUUCUUAAAGAUAAAUCAAAAAAAAGUCUUUAUGGAUAUAAACAAGUAUCUUCAUAUCCUCUUCACAAGAUUUUAAAAAUUGUAGGUAUGGAUAUAAUUCAACAACAAAAAGAUCCUCUUCUAUUGAAAACAAUAAUCACACAAAUUAAAGAAUGGUUUGAUGAAUAUAAUAUAAAUAAUCAGACUGUUUGUAAACCUAAUAUUAAGAAGUGUCAAAGAUGGUUACCAUUACUUUAUGAAGAUGAAGUAGGUAUUGAAGCUGAUUAUGAAGAUAAUAAUGUUGUAAGUGAAUUAGAACCAGAUCAAAUAUUGUCAAAUAAAGAUAUGAUUAAUAAGAAUGAAUCAAAUUGUACAGUUCUCAAUAAUUUAAGUAAUAAUAAUGGAAUUCUUAAAAUAACUCCAUUUAUCAAAUUACCAUUUGUACCAUUGAAUAAUCAAGAUUUAAGAUUAUAUUCUGAUAAUUCUCUAUCUGUAACAUCUUCUAGUUUUGAUAGCAAUGAUAAUUUAUAG